AUGACCAUCCCACCAAAGCCUUUGCUCUUUGCCCUCCUCGGUUGCCUCUGCUUCUGCAGUUCAGUCCUAGCAGCUCGUGAGCUCGGUGAUGACUUAUCAAUCACGGCGAGACACGAGAGCUGGAUGUUACAAUACGGCCGUGUGUACAAGGAUGCCACAGAGAAGGCUCAACGGCUUAAGGUGUUCAAGGCCAAUGUCGGGUUCAUUGAGUCCUUCAAUGCCAAGAACCACAAGUUCUAUUUGGGAGUCAAUCAGUUCGCUGACCUCACCAACGAGGAGUUUAAGACGACAAAGGCUAACAAGGGAUACAAAUCUAGAUUCGAGAGGGCUCCCACGGGAUUCAGGUAUGAAAAUGUGAGUUUGGAUGCACUCCCCGCAACAGUAGACUGGAGGACCAAGGGUGCGGUCACUCCCAUCAAAGAUCAAGGCCAAUGUGGUUGUUGUUGGGCAUUUUCUGCCGUUGCUGCAACUGAGGGCAUCGUCAAGCUGAAAACUGGCAAGCUUAUCUCUUUAUCGGAACAAGAGUUGGUAGACUGUGAUGUCCACGGUGUGGAUCAGGGCUGUGAGGGCGGGCUCAUGGAUGAUGCCUUCAAGUUCAUCAUUUCAAACGGUGGCCUGACCGGUGAGUCCAGCUACCCAUAUACAGCAGAAGAUGGCAAAUGCAAGAGUGGAUCCAAAGAUGCCGCCACCAUCAAGAGUUACGAGGAUGUACCAGCCAACAAUGAAGGUGCCCUCAUGGCGGCUGUCGCGAACCAACCUAUUUCAGUAGCCGUCGAUGGUGGUGACAUGACGUUCCAAUUUUACAAAGGUGGAGUGAUGACUGGUUCUUGCGGCACUGACCUAGACCAUGGUAUUGCAGCUAUUGGCUAUGGAAAGACGACUAAUGGCACAAAAUAUUGGUUGUUGAAGAAUUCGUGGGGGACAACAUGGGGUGAGAAUGGGUAUUUAAGAAUGGAGAAGGAUAUUUCCGACAAGAGAGGCAUGUGUGGUCUUGCCAUGGAGCCUUCCUACCCUACUGAGUAG